UAAGUGCAAAAAUACAACUUAUCGUCAGUUCUUUGUACAUAGAGAAAUCUUUCAAGAAGUCGAUGGAUAUAAAAAGUGAGAGAGCAAUUGGUGCACUAACCAGUCGAAGAGUUUUCACCCUAACAAGUAAUUCCCUCUCAACCAAGUAAAGUGUUUUCCUCUGUUUUCCUCACUCGUCCAGAAGAACUCGAAAAAGAGAAUCGAUCGGAAAGUUUUCUUUAGUUGGAGAUUUUGAAACAAAACUCACAAAAUAUAAUGAGGAAUCCAUCCAAUAGUGAAGUUUUCUCCAUUGUGGCCAUAUCACUGGUAUUUUUGCAGCUCACAAGUGGCACUGGUACCCAUGGCAAUAAUGGUAUAGGUCCAUUUCAAAAUGUAGCCAAUCGAGCUACCUAUGGUGUUUGCACGAGUACGGUGGGCUAUGGAACAUGCAUGAGAAGGGCAGAUUGCUUGCAAGCUGGCGGAGAAACUCCACCGGGAGAUUGUGCUAUGAAGGGAACAUACUGCUGUACUGGAUUCAUGGGAUGCGGCGAUACAGCGCAUCUCAAGAGAGUCUACAUUGAACGUGAAGACAUUUUCGAUAUGAAUUGCAAUCAUAACAUCAUCAUGAUUAAUGAAAAUAUAUGUCAGUUGAGACUUGACUUUGAAGAAUUUGAAUUGUCAGAACCAACAAUUGUAGGCGGUGUUCCCAUGUGCCUUGUUGAUUCCUUCCAAGUAAAGGACUUUGAAUUAUGCGGUGUUAACGAUGGACAACACGUGUAUGUCGAUGUAACUCCUGGAACUCAGCUCAAUGUGGAGCUCACAUUUACUCUCAUGGAUCGUGUGACCAAUCCUGCCCUUGUGAAUCCCCGCUGGAGGAUUCUCGUGACACAAAUUGAGUGUGCUCCCGCAGCUGCAGCAUUUGCUAGAGGUGGCAGGGCAUUGAUGGAAGACGUUCCGAUUGAGGUCGUGGAAGAUUCCAGAGAACCCAGGGUAUUGCACUCAGCUCCACCGGCUUAUAUUCUCGAUCAGGAUAUCCUGGCUCCACGAGGAUGUCUUCAGUACUUCCCGAAUCCCAGUGGUAUGAUUGAGUCAUUCAACUUCCAGAAUGGCAUGGGUACCUAUCCAGGCAACAUGAAUUAUGCCAUUUGCUUCAGGAGGCGCCCCAAUGACAAGAGAAUCACAUUCACGACGCACUUCUUCCAAUUGGGCUUCACGAUUCUCUCAGCGGAUAACGAGGGCUACGAUAAUAUUUGUUUCACCCAAAUUGAGUCACCAGGACGCUCUGAAGAUUACCUCUUCAUCCCUCAAGCGGUACGCCAGACUUUCCCCAAUGUACGUGCCAGCUACUUCUGUGCCCAGAGUUUAGCAAACACUUCUGUUAUUGCCACCCAAUCAGGACCGUUCGUCAUCCACUUCAACAGUGACUCACUGUAUGAGCCCCAAAGACCAGAAAUUGGAUUUCGGAUGAGCUAUCAAAUCAGCUAAACGAUUUCUCUCCAUCUUCGUAUUCCUGGCACCCAUGGAAAGAUUAAUAUAUAUAGAAAAAUGAUGGAUUGAGUACUUUUUAGCAGAAAUAUAUAUCUCUGAUUCUCUACUCUGCAAA